AUGAGAAAAAGUUUGAAAGAAUUGUUCCCAAAAAGGUAAAGAACAAAGAAGACAUCCCAAAUUCUAUCACAAAAGAAGAAUUGUACAGAUGGGCUUCGAUAGCAAAUAAAGUCUAUGGAUAUCUAUGGGUAAAAGAUCAGUCUUUCCUAUAAAGGAGAUGACUCAUUUAAGACAUUACCUGGAGCCAUGUCUUCAAUUAUUGUGAUGUCUAUUCUAUUGGCAUAUACUUGUUUCAGAAGUUAUGUUUUAUUCACGAGGAAUAAUCCUCAACUCAGUAAGCCAUCAUUCCUCAGAGAUUUACAAACUGAAGGGCAAUUUUAGCCUUAGGAUUAUGGAUUUGACUUAGCAUUUGGAUUAGGAAAGGAAUUAGAUCCUAGCAUAGGAUAUUAUGUCGUAAACUAAGUCAAGUACUAUUACAUUGAUUAAUACGAUAAAAAUGGAAAUCAAGUCAGAAUCAAGGAGAAAGUUCCAAUUAACAUUGAUAUUUGCAAGAAUGGGAAUUACGCAUAUGAUAACUAAGUUGAGAUUUCAAUGUUUAAUGUAGAUGACAUGCUCUGUAUGAAGGAUAAGAAUUACACCCUCAUUGGAGAUUUCUACUCACCUGAGUUUAGAUAUCUAGAAGUUAAGCUUCUUAAAUGUGUUAAUUCCACCUAAUCCAAGGUUAUCUGCAAAAAUCAAACAACGAUUGAUAAUUUUUUGAGUCCAGAAAAAUUUAGUGUUGCAUUCGUAAAUACUCAGUUUGAUUUCAACGACUUUGAAUAACCAUUAAAGAAAUUUAUAGAUGAUAGUGUUUUUUGGGAAAUUGAAUCACAAAAACACAAGAAAUCAAACUUCUAUGUAUAAAAAUAAGAAGCCUUCUUGAUGGACGAUUUUCUUCAAUUAGGGCAAGUAGAAUAAUUUAGUUUUCAAUAAGUCUCCAACAAUAGAGAUUAUGAAGAUGAGUACUAGCAGUCUGAAGCAACUUUGAUAACAAUGUAUGUCAGGUUUGAUCAAAGAUAUGAUAUUUACAACAGACAAACAUAUUCUUUGUUGUAAUUAUUUUCAGAUAUAGGGGGGCUACAGCAAUCUCUCUAUCUGAUAGGCUUCUUAAUCAUUGAUUUUUUCUCAAAAAGAAUAUUCAUAGCUUCAAUAUUAAGGUAAAUUUAUCAAGUUAAACAUGAUGAAGAAGCAAAUUCAGAUAAAAAGGAUCCAUUUAAAGAUGGAAAAGAUAAAAAUAAAAUUAAUAAUGAGUCCUAAAUCUAAGAAGAUUCUACAGUAAUGAAUAACUCAACAAUUGGAAAUCCUGUGAAUUCAUUAAUAACACUUCAAUAGGCUAACAGUCAGAUGAGUAUGAGCACUAAUCACCCUAAAAAAUUCUUUACACCUAGAGAUGAUAUUAAAUAAAAUCCAAAAGCUAAACUUAGUCUUGAUAGAAAAAAUUUUGAAAAGUAGCUUGGACUUGAUACCAACAGACAGGAAUUUACAAGGCCUAGAGGAUUUACUGAUAAAUAGGUGCUUGACUCACCUUAAAAAUCAGAUCAUUUCCUACCCCCAAUAACAAAUUAAACUGUAUCUAGUAAUUAGAAAGAGCAGAAAAUGAAGAGAGUAAAAAUUCAAGCUACAGAAAGAUUAAGAGCUGCAUUGGAAUCUCCUGAAAUUGAUACCAAAAGAUCUCCAGAUAAUUCAAAAUGGGGAAGAUCGAGCACAAUGAAUUUCUAGAUUGAGCCAUUUGAAGUACUAAGUUCUUUAGAUCAGUACCACAGUAAGGAAAAUGAAAACAAAAGAAUGGACUAAGAAAUCAAGAAUAAAAAAAUCCUCAAUGAAGAUGAUUUGCAAUCAGUUUUACUUAAUCUCAUUAAAAGAAGAAGAUUUUAAUACACUGGAAAAAAUAUAAUGGAGUAUAUCUUUAAUUGUCUAUGCUUGAAGAGAGAUGGGAAAUAUAGACACUAAAACAAUCUCAAGAAUCAGUAUAUCUUUAAAAAGGGUGAAGGAAAGCUAAUAGAAGAAUUAAAUGUUAUUUCAAUUUUGAAAACUAUGAGAUAAGUCAAGCUGCUUGCGCAGGUUCUUUUGAAUCAGAGAUAAAACAUGAUAUUAAAGUUCCAGAGGAAAAAUCUUAUAGAAACCAGUUCUUCGUCAGAAGAUAGUGACAAUAACAGCAGAUACUACACUAGCAAACUGAUGGAGAGCAAAAAUCCAAUGAUUCGACUAGUUAUAUUUGGUAAACUAAAGAAAAUGGUUCAAUCCUAUAAAAGUCAAAAGCUUUAAGAAAUCGAUAAGAGAUUACUUAGAGGACUCUUCAUUAGAAAGCUUAAAGAUUUUGAUGAAGAUUAGCAAGAAUGA